AAGUUAGUUACAUUUUUUUUAUUUAUUUAAUUAUUUUUAUUUAUUCAUGUCACUAAUAAUGUUACAACUAUAUAAUUGAUGAGAUACCUAGCUACUAAUAUCUCAUUCCAUUUCUUCAAUCAUUAAUUCUCUCUUACAUUUUUCAAAGAAUUAAUCAGAUUUCAGAAUUCAUCAAUAGCAUUUGGAUUUGAUUCAUUUGAAAAGUUAUUUAUUCUAGACAUUAAGAAAAUGGGAAGCUAUAUUGAAACAGAGUUGAUUAUUAAUCACAAGGACACAGAAUUAAGGUUAGGAUUACCUGGAAGUGAAGAUGAUCAACAAUCAUGCAAUGGUUCUAUUGUUAGAAGCAACAAAAGAACUUUUUCAUCAGAAACAACAAGCGUCCAACAAGAAUCCAUUUGUAAGAGCAACAAUGUUAGCUCAGAUACUUCUAAUUCUUCAACCACAAGUAAUGAUCAUGAUCAUGACCAAGACACCGUCCAACCUAAAAAGGUACAAGUAGUAGGGUGGCCACCAAUUAGAUCUUUUAGGAAGAACAGUUUACAACAAAAGAAAGUUGAAGAUGGAUGUGGAAUGUAUGUGAAAGUGAGUAUGGCUGGUGCACCUUAUUUGAGGAAGAUAGAUCUCAAAAUUUUCAAAAGCUAUUCAGAACUUCUUAUAGCUUUGGAAAAUUUGUUUAAGUGCACAUUUGGUGAAUAUUCAGAAAGAGAAGGGUAUAAUGGAUCUGAAUGUGCUCCUACUUAUGAAGAUAAGGAUGGUGAUUGGAUGCUAGUUGGAGAUGUUCCAUGGAACAUGUUCAUAUCUUCUUGCAAGAGGCUAAAGAUAGUGAAAGGAUCAGAAGCAAAGGGGUUGGCAUGUUUAUGACUUUUCAAAAUUAAACCAUGCAGAUCAGAAACUUGAUCUCAAUUACUUCGAGAGAAUUAGAUUUUGCAAUUUCACGUGGAUGAUACAUUUGAUCUAAAAAAAACAUGCAGAUCAGAGAGUUAAUUCUAUAGAGGCCUAAUUUAUUAAUUCAAGCCUUGUAGAAACUUCUAAAAAUUAGAUACAAAGAGAGAAAGAAAAUAUAAGAAAGGCCAAUUUCAAUGUUAUUAAUUAUGAUUGUACAUAUCAUAUAUAUAAUUAAGAUCUCAUUUUGUCCUA